AAGCCCUGCGCUACCUGCGCCUGGCCAGGGCCGACCUUGUCGCCGCCGUGCAUCUCAUCAACCAAGAUCGUAACAAGUCGUGUUCGGCGUCUGGCAUUGCCAAGAUUCACAACAGGCCCGCGUUCGACAUUACAUCUCCUACCUCCAAGGUUGCCCUGGAGUGUGCCGCUGCCUCUGCGAGGCACCCUGAACCAGCCAUCCUGGUGAACGCGUCGCUGUCGGCGGUGUCUCGGCUGAGCAAGGUCUCUAGCCUUUUGCAGGUGCAUCGCCUGCCCCCUCGAACUAUAAGGCGCCUGGAGCUGUUGCUCAGGCGAGAGCCUAAAGUUAUGGAUCAAAUGGCCAUAAGGCGUCCGCUGAAUCUUGCUGGGUCACGUCUCCGUGAUGGAAAGGAGGAGAAGAGGGAUCUUGCUGGUUCACCUCUCCAUGAUGGAAAUGAGAAGAAGAGAAAGAGGGUCGAGCCGCCUUAUGGGGACACAGGAUCUAUGGUGAGCGUUGCACAUGGGAAGGUAGAGAUCGAUGUGACUGUGACAUAUAGAUAUACAGAGUCUCUUAAGCUGUUGCUUCUCGACAAGAUCCACCUGCUCUACCUAGAUGCACUUUCUAAGUUUCCUAGGGAUAGCUUGCGCAAACAUCACCAUUGCAACCUUCUCAGGGCUGGUUAUUGCUAUGGUCUAAUGGAACCUGUCUCCAACAUCAUUUUCAACACCAUCUGGUAUGACUCUGUAAUCUCCACGCAGCAUGAGUAUGCGCUUGACUUUGAGGUGGACAUGAUAUGCACCAAUGCCCUUAUGCGAAUCGAGUGCUGCUCCCUCUAUGGCCUUAUCGCCUUCCUCCGUCGCCUCUUCCACCAUCUGACUGAGCAUGAUGCUAUCAAGUUCCUGCUCAAGAGCAAUGCUGAUGUUUGGUCAGCCAUCGACAUAGCAGAGCAACAUGGUCAUCAUAUGUCUGAUGUGUACCUCAAUGCCUUUAGGGAAGCAGCUGUUAAUUCAUGGCACCCUCUCCCUAAAGCACUGGAGAAAUUCAUCCUGUCAGCCCUGAACAUGAAUUCGACUGAGUUGUCAACGAUGCUGACCCAUGCAGUCAAGAACUGCAGAUUUGAGGGACUUGCCAUGUCUGUGUCACCUAAAUCUUCACCUACCAAGUCAGAUGAGCAGGUUCAACAACUGGACAAGUUGGCCUCGAGCUCGGAGUUCUUAUCUGAAAACCAAAAAAUGUUCAUUUCAGAGAUUCAGAAAAAAUUUAAGGCUGACCAAAAUUUCUAUGUCAGGAAGGUCAAAGCUGCGUUGAAGAGCUACUCCCAGAAACAAGGGGUGUACUAUGAGCUUCAUGUUAUUUGUGGCGUGAAUCCUCAUGCGGUCAAGGGUGGAACUGCUGAUCUUUUUAAGAAAAAGGGCAAAUUUGAAUACUCCCACAUCAACUUUUGGGCAACACGCGAGGGAUCAAAUUCUGCUGCCACAGAUCCAGUACUGUUCUUCGCUGAAUGCAGCAAUGAUGAUGAAGAUGACAAGGAAACACCUCCCCUGUGUGUACCAGUAUUUAGUUCUUGGAUCUCUGAUGGUAUGAUCUCAGCUCUCUUUCACACACGAUCUGAAGUUCUGAACAUGUACUAG